CAAAAGAGUAACAAGAGUUGUCCUUUCAUUGUUGUUGUUCUAUGAAUGACAUUUCUCUUUUUUAAUGAAGUUUAAUUUUGGGGUUACAUUAUUAUACAUUUUAAGCGCUGCUUAUAAAUUAAUUUAUAAAGUUUUAUUUGAAAUCAUGACGAGAACCAACAUAGAACUAGGUAAUGUCACCCCUCACAACAUCAAACAACUAAAGCAAUUAAAUAGUGUUGUUUUCCCGGUUUCUUACAAUGAUAAAUUUUACAAGGAUGUCCUCGAAGCAGGAGAACUAGCUAAGUUAGCAUAUUACAAUGAUAUAGUUGUUGGAGCAGUUUGCUGUCGAAUCGAUACUUCUGAAAAAACUCGUAGACUUUACAUUAUGACUUUGGGCUGCCUGUACCCUUAUAGAAGAUUAGGUAUAGGAACUAUGAUGGUUCAACAUGUUUUGAAAUAUGUGGAAGAAGAUGGUAACUUCGACAGUAUAUUUCUACAUGUACAAGUGAACAACGAAGGGGCAAUAGAUUUUUACAAGAAAUUUGGAUUUGAGGUUGUUGAAACCAAAGAACAUUAUUACAAAAGAAUUGAACCAGCUGAUGCUCAUGUAUUGCAGAAAACCUUGCGUAAAAAUGGUCAAAUCAAUGGAAAUCUUUGAAAUGUAAUUUCAAAUUAACAUUAUUUUAAUUUGUUAUAUUGAUGAAUUUGUUGCAGUAUUUUCUAACUUUUGUAAAAUAAAAAUAAUAGUUUCUGAAAA